AUGAUAGCUAGUGAAGGUUCCAGCAGUCGUUUCCCCGGUGGAAGUGACUAUCAGCGAAAGGCCUACUCAAGUGCGGAAUGGUGCGAGAGGUAUCGUAAGGUCAACACUAUUCAUGAUGCUUUUAUGAAGUUGACUUCAAUGGGCGACGUAACAGCAGUGUAUCGACGGCCAAUAUGGGUUAAUCUGUCAGCUGCAGAGCUUAUCGCACCAGCUUCUGAUGCUUUCUAUGGCAUACCGGCCUCAAGGAAUGCGAUUUUGGGCUAUAUCGGAUUGCUCAUCCAUGAGAAUGCUCAUCAGUGUUUCUCAAAGCAAGAGAAUCCUCAGUAUGGGGUCGAUUACAGUUCUGUAGAGAGCGCUGCAGUCACUCUAAUGAGGAUGGUAGGAGAUGCGGUUACAUCAUCAUUCCUCAAGAAAUCUGUCAUUGAGGUGCUCUCGUGGUGCUGCACUAUUUCUUCGGAACUCAGUCAGCACAAUGCUGGUCGAUUGAGUGUACUCAAUCUCCCUCGAGGCCCCGAAUCUCUUCUAGAGCUGUUCAAAAUGGUUGGCUCCAUUGCUCAACUGAUAAAACUUAUCGAUACAACUAUAAACGUGUUGAUCACUUUCCCGGGCUCAAUUGUAGAUCAUUUGUUCACCGUUGGAGCUGAUCAGUUCAAGGCUUAUGUAGAGGAUAUCAAGUUAAAGGAAAGGAAUCAGGUUUCGGACGGCUAUUCUUUCUGGUAUACAUGA